AUGGUUAAUGCGGCUAGCAGAAAUGGAAUACGUAUUCAACCACACAUUCCACAUCAAUCACUUAAUGCUCAACUUCUUCGCAUGCUUCUUGUCCAAGUAGUGUCCUUUGUUGCGUUGACUAUGCCAUUUUCAGCAUGGGGUGUCUAUACUGGUGUCAGUCUUAAUUGGAGCAAAUCACAAUGGAGACGUGAUCUGGAGGCUCUUCUCUCUGUUUGUUUUACUUUCUUAGUCUAUGUCAAUAAUGGCUUAUCUUGCAUUGUCUAUGCGCUUACUGCUCGACUCUUUCGUCAAGAACUUCGAGCUCUCUUCUAUUGCAGAUGGAGAAAAUUUUUAAGACAUCAACAACAUGGUAACAUAUUUUUACUUUCUCAACGCAUCGCUCCUGUUCCUGCUCGACAAAUGCAAUCUAAACGAAUUAAUAACUAUCCAUAA